CAAUCAGUUUCACUCCAAAUUUGGUAAACGAUGCCAAAGCCAAAUUUCGUCUAUUUUCUCAUCUUGGCUUCUCUGUCAGGAUAUGUGGAGGCUCACUGGAAGACAUUGAACAUAGUGAACAAAUGCGCCACACCAAUUUGGCCCGGCCUAGCCCCCAACGCCGGGCACCCAGUCCCGGCAGGUGGAGGUUUCAUGGUGGGCUCGGGUCAGGUCGCUCGAGUAGUUGUCCCAUGGACAUGGCAGGGCCGGAUAUGGGGCCGAACUGGCUGUAACUUCAGUGCCACCGGCAUGGGCACCUGCAUGACCGGUGACUGUGAUGGGAAGCUCCACUGCAGUGGUUCCAUCGGCAAGCCUCCUGCAAGUCUGGUGCAGUUUACCUUCCAGCCUGAUGGGAAGCCUGCAUAUUAUGAUGUCAGCCUGGUUGACGGUUUCAAUGUGGCGGUUGCAGUUAAGGGAGGCGGGUGCUCCACUGCGGGUUGUGGGGCCGACGUUAAUCGGGUAUGCCCGAGUGAGUUGCAGGUUCGGAGUGACGGGGGAAGUGGUAGUGUUGUGGCCUGUAAAAGUGCUUGUUUGGCUUUUGAUUUGGACCGGUUCUGCUGCAGGAAUGAGUUCUCUAGCUCUGCGACUUGUUCUCCUAGUGUGUAUUCUCGUAUGUUUAAGGACGCCUGCCCUGCUGCUUAUAGUUAUGCCUUUGAUUCUCCUCCCCCGCUCUUUACCUGUACCUCUGAUGCUUUUACCCUUACCUUCUGUCCUCCCAAGAAGAGCAUGCAACUGCCCUCCCUUUCUGUUGCCUCACUCUAGGUGGUACUCGGGCCUAUCCUAUUUGAUAGGCGAGAGGUGGUUGAUUGGGUUUAAACGUUUAAGAGGUUAAGAAUAGUUUAUGAUUCUGUUAUGGGGUGUGGGGUGUGGAGUGUGGGGUGUGGGGGUGUUAUCUUCUUAGUUGGGAAGGACUCGUAAGAUGGAAUAUCUUCCAUUUAAUGGUUCUUCAUAGGAGUAAUGAUCUUUGACCGCAUUUCAUAUGCUUAAAGUUUAUGUUAUUAAUAUAAUAAAAGGGAAUCAUGUUUUAAAUGGUACAAUAAUAUCUAUAUAAGACUAAUUAUUAUAGAAAAAGGAAUUAUAAGAA